UUCUGCAGCCUGUUGGUCUUAUCUGAAAGAAAAAUGAACGGAUUUGCUGCAGUUCUUUUUUUGCUGGGAGUCUUUUGGGCUCAGGCUUCUGCACUGGAAACCUUUGUCCUGCAAGAACCUGGCAGUAACUAUGUCACUGGAACCAUGACCAUCCACAGUGACAAGCACAUCGUUGAUGUCCAUGUCCGUUCUGGGGUGUACUCCUCUGACACCAUUUUUGACUAUGCACGUGGUUAUAUUGCUACACGGUUAUUCAUACGAAAUGCCUGCUUUAUCAUUAAAAUAGACAAGGAAUUCAUCCCAGAGCUGGAAGAACUUGGACGCCUGGCUUUUGAAAGAAAGACAAUGAGGACUGUAUAUUCUCCAAACAACGUGUGGGUGCAGUUUCAAUCUGGCAAUUCCAGGCUAGGGCAUUUCAAAGAUUGGCUUCUCUACGGUAAAGCCAUUGAACGCCUCUGCUCGGGGCUGCCUCUCUACCAGCUGGAAAAGACUCAGCCACAACCAGAUUUUCACAGCUGUGCCAGAGCAGGAAUUCCAAGCAUUUUGGGCCUGAAUGUCUGUGAAAGAGCUGCAUAG